UCUCGCCCAGCUCCUCCCCUCCAGAUGCACCACACGCACCACCGCCAUCGACAACGCACUACAACAAGGGCAUGGACGCUUUCUUCACCUCAGAUCACAUCCCCACUUCUUCUUCUUCCUCUUGUUUGAUCACCCCCGACCACUCCUCCACAAUGUCCCCACUUCACACCAUCGACCCUUCCGCCACAUCAAACCCCCUCAACACAACCAUCAAGAUGGAGGACCUCCACGCUUCCUAUGGUACCCCCGCCCCGUCGUCUGCUUCCACAGCAGGCGACUCGCCACAACCCUCGCCUCAGACCGAGGGCAAGCAGGUCAAGAAGCGCAAGUCCUGGGGCCAGGUCCUCCCCGAACCCAAGACCAGCCUGCCACCCCGGAAGCGGGCCAAGACCGAGGACGAGAAGGAGCAGCGCCGCAUCGAGCGUGUCAAGCGGAACCGUUUGGCUGCUCACAACUCGCGCGAGCGCAAGCGACAGGAGUACGAGGUGCUCCAGGCCGAAAAGGACCAGCUCGAGGCUGACCUCGUCUCCGCCCGCGAGACCAUCGCUCGCAUGAACAUGGAGCUCAAUGCCUUCCGUUCAAAGUACCCCACCGACGACCUGUCCACCUCCAGCGUCGCCUCCUCCUCCUCGGACCUCGCAUCCGUCACCACCGACACCGUCGAUCCCUCCCAAACCACAUCGUCAUCCUUCCCCAGUCCCGUAUCCAUGACGCUCGACAACCUGGACUCGCCCCGCGAUUCCUCCUGCGCCCCCGAGACGCCCAGCUUCAACGAGGCCACCCCUGACUUCGACCAGACACGAUAUCCUGCUGAGAUAUUGUGCGACCUGCAGUGUCGGUCGACGUCAGCGGCCUCGCUUCCAGCGAUUUGGGCUUUCCUUUCUCUUUUCAACCUCACCCUUCCAACGACAAUGAAAAGUCUAUCGAGUCUCUUUUCGACUUCGACCAGUUCCCAGACUCCUCUGUGGAACCCCCUACUGGCCUUGUUGACGGCGACGUCUUCUUCUCCUCUUCCCUCUUCUCACAGACUGAUUCCAACUUUGGCCCAGAUGAUCUCUUUGAUGCAAAGCACUUCGAUUUGCAGACAGCCUUUGGCGCAACUGACGUUAGCGACGGGGCUCUCGCAGAGAAGAACUAGCAUCGAUCAGAUCGCUCGGUCAUGGAAAGUAUCUCGGUCCACCGGGCAUGAGGUUUUGGUGAGGCAACGACGUUUACGAUCACUUCGGCUUAGACAAAUGGGCGACAGGCGCAAAAGGACUUCUUGGGCUUUGAGGAGGGUCAUUACGCGGGCAUUGGGACGGAACCAGGAGGUUGCCAUUCCAAAGUCAUCAGCACUUGCUGUUUGAGUACUGUACAAUCUUGAUGACGAAGCCGGUUGGGUAUUCUAUAGGAGUGUACCAAGGGCUGGUGCCGAUUCUUAUGUAGCCAAUCAAUCUUCUCAUCAUCACAUCCUCUACUCUGGUAACCUUUUGAUGUGCUUGUUUCUUUGGUUUCUUCUGCUUUCUGCUUUCUCAGCUCGACUGUCUACGACAUUUUGGCUCCGUCACCGUGCUGUGCGCCGAGCUCGCUUGAGUCCUUGGGAGGCCCAGAGCUUACGUGCGCUCGGACUUCAUGCACAUCAGCUUAUCGUGGGGUGAGACUCAAGAGGGGCGUAGCGUCCCUCUGGGCCCGAAUGUCUCAGCUCCCGUCAGCUCGCACGAUUCGCAUUAUUACCCGACCUGCAUCUUUGUCACCGCAUCUACGACACUUGCAAAUGUACAUGAACAAUCGCACGGGGAAGUGUAUACGAGCAUAUGCGUGUUUGGGAAUCGUUGACAUUUCAUUCGUUC